AUGGAGCGUGAAUGUGUCAAAGGUAUACAAGGUGUUGUUGUGCGAUGGUGCAGGGAUUAUGUCAUUGUGUGGUCAGUGGAAUACAAUCACUCUUUUAUUAUUCUAGACAAAUCUGUUAUCUACGAUCGCAACAAAUUAUAUCCGACCCACUGGUUAUGCUUCGACGUGGAUCCGGAAAUUGUCGACUCACCGGAAGGUUUCUGCACUAGAGCCUUUAACCCUCGAGCAGUCGAAAUUAAGCACAGUUUAAACCCAGAAACUACUGAACACGACUACAACGAUUUCAACAGUUUCGUAUAUCAGUUUGCUGAGUUUGCUGAUAGAAACACCAUAAGGUUCAAAACGAGGUUGAAGAGGAUCGAAAAGUGUCCCAGGCCUGCCCUUUUUGACCAAUUCAUUGGCGAAGUUGGUAUUUCCACAUCGGAGUUUGAAGAGCUGGUCAAGUACAACAUAUACAACGUUGACCUGAAACAACUGGCUAGACCGGGGGAGCAACGUGUCUGGGAAGUUGUCAACUAUGUACACUGCGGGAAGGAAGUAGCUCUCCCUGUUUUGCUUUGUAAACUUGGAAAGAAAUUAUACGGAGCUGCUGGAAGGUUAAUGGACAGAAACGAAGUUAUAGUUCCUCCCAACAAUCUGCAGCCAGCUUAUCCUACACCGUCAGAUGAAGUACCAUCAAUGUUCGCAGAAAAUCUUACACGGGAUGAGCGGAUGAGAAGAAAUGUAAAUCUUUACGGGGUCCGAAACAACGAAGGGGCAUCAUCCCAAACGCAUUACGAGAGUGGGCAUGUAAAACCGUGGGGACAGUUAAAUUCGACUGAACCACAGUCAGCCGUGGAGCAAACUAUAAAUAUGGAUUGUAUCACAGUGUUUCGCCGAAUGGAAGAUGCUGCCGUGAAAUUCUACGUGAUUUUUUCCAAGACUCAUAAAUUCGGAAUUUUAUGUGACGGAGGUAUUGAUUUGGAGAUCGGAAAAUGGGCAAGGCUUCAAUACGUUGGUGGCGACUUCAAAUGUGGUCAGUUCUUGGAUAGUCGCAACAUGCGUCUCAUAAACUACAUAGCGCCACCUCGUUUUGUCGAUGCGAAGAAAUUUAAGUUGCGUGAAAUGCAGAACGAUUUUGAGUACAUAGUGAUCUUGGCGCUGCGUGCACGAAUACAGUUUUCUGCAGCUGGGGAUCCCAUCAUCGAGUCAGAUACCGUCGGUCGUAUCAAAAUCGAUGAGGAUUGGGCACGGCGUUCUGAAAUUCCAGCACUUCUUCCUAACCGAGCAGUAAUAGAGAUUGAAUUCGUGAGAGACUCCUGGUAUUUAAGAAAACUGCACUGUAAUUGGCAUGACAAUAUGGACAUUGAACAACUAGAUUCACCGUAUAUUAGACCUGGAUAUACUGUAGAAGAGAUGGAAGAAAUUUGCGGACUCCGAUGUGCCCACGGUGUAGAGGGUUGCAGAGAGUUUUCAUUCCAACAACGAGAUUUUCACGACGAGCAACCAGAGCAUCGACUAGCGAACCAGAGAUCGACAACACCAUAUGAUGAUCAAUGUGAUGAAAUGAACCGUCGAGAACGCCAACAUUCCGAACCAGAAGUUUAUAACGUACUGCAGAAAUGGAUUGCUCCUGCUGUGCCGCCAAGUAUUGAAACCGUCGUGGACCUAACAGAUGAAAAACCAAGUGGGAGGGAUCGCAGACCAAUCUGGUGUUGUGUUGUACAUAUUCGAGACGACAAUAUAAUAUGUUACACACCUGUAGCUGGCAUCCAUAAAAUUGUCGUCCCUUCAAAUCUCCUAGAAGACUACGUGGAUAUUCUUAAUUUGCACCAAUCUGUUCGGCUGGGUGCCUGGUUCAAUGUCAUGUGUGAACCACGCUGUAGUAGACAAUAUGAUGAUUUUCGGAUACCACACUUCUCCCAUAUAGCCGUUGAAGUGUGCACUCCACCUCAACCACGGCCACCCGUGGAAAACUGGGAGCAACGAGAGAUCCACGGUUUGUUUCAGUUCCGUGUCUAUUGUGAUCUAAGAGUCAUUGCUAAUGUACAACGAGUCCUAGUCGGAAACGAAAAGUGGCUAAAGUUGUUGUGUCGAAAUACACUACAGGUGCUGGCACCGCAGGAAAGACUCGAAGGAUUCUUAACACCUCAACUUACGGCUGACAAAACGAUUACAUUUUGGGCCACUAGAAAAAAGCGAGUGUUGGAUUGCGAUCUGUUUCUUAUGGACUUCGAAAGCAUUGAAGAAGAAUAG